GUCGCGAAUUGGGUAGUCAAGUGUAUUACAUUUACUUCCAGAUGAUUCCCGAAUUCGUGAUCUUGAAACGACAGAUUCGAGAAAAGUCCUUCGUCUAAAGUCGAAAUUAUUGGCGUGCGUGCGGUUCCAGUCGAAAUUCGUGUUUGACUGAUUUUAUGCUGUGCAGUGCUGUGGACGCGAAAUAUUAUUAUGCCGUUUUCACGACAACCAUUUACGGGAUUUCCAUUUGACGACAGGGAUGACCGUGAUAAUCGUUUCAGCCAGUUAGAUGAUAUAGCCUCCAGAUUUCCGGAAUUCGCAGAUCAUCUGAGCUCUUUUCAAGAAGCGCGUAGACCUCGUCGCACAUCCGGCUCCAGCGAUUCCUCCUGGAGUGACCCUUUCAACAGAUUCACCAGAUUCGGUUCCCGGUUUCCCAGGAGAUUUCCAGACGAUCCCGACUUUUUCCCAGAACAUUACCAGACGCAUCAAACUCAACAGCAGACCCAUCCAGAGCCUGCUCAUCAACAGCAGCAGCAGCAGCAGUAUCCGCAGCAACAGCAGCAGUAUUCGCAGCAACAGCAAUAUCCGCAGCAACAGCAGCAGUAUUCGCAGCAAAAGCAACCUCCGCAGCAGCAGGAGCAACAGCAACAACCGGCGCCUCCACCCGAGGCUCCCAAAGAACCCGUACCUGAAAAUAAAGGAGAUCAAGUUGACGGCGAAACCACUCAGCAGAGAGCCAACCUCCAACAGAGCAACACGGUCGAUUUAGGCCAGAAACAAGAACCCGUGGAUGAUAAUCGCAAUCAAAGAUCCAUGUCUGCUCCUCCAGAAAACCGCCCAAACUUGUUCGGACGUUUCGUGUCUAGUAUAAACAUACCAAAUUUGAAUCCGGAACCAGAUAUGGGCUCAAGGAUGUCUAGUCAACCCGAGCAACCGCAGCAGAAGCAGUCCACGGAGCGCAUUAUUCCAAUACACGUCGAAGGCAGAGAUGAGCCGGUCGCUCCGAAGAACGUUCAACCGGAAACCAUAUUCGGACAGAUGCCGUCGCAGUUCACGCAAUUCAUAAAUCGAGAACCCGACCAUGAAGACGUGAACAAACAAAAAGCUCAGCCGGAGGAACACGUAAGGCAGGUUUACCGAGAUGUACAACAAGAACAACCGAAGCAUCGUCAACAGGAGCAGCAACAACCGCAAGAGCCGGAGCAUAAAGAACCGCCCAAGAAGGCUACUCCGCUCGAUCUAAUCCAAAACAUCCAAAAGGAUGUAAACGAGUUAAUGUCUCAAGUAGAAAGAUUCGAGGGGAAACCCAGGGACAAGCAGUAUCUCUACUUAGACGAAAUGCUAACCAGGAAUUUACUGAAGCUGGAUAAUAUCGAAACGGAAGGCAAGGAUACAAUUAGGCAAGCAAGGAAAAUGGCCAUCCGGUGUAUAGAGGAAUGCAUUAAGGUUCUCGAAAAUAAAGCAGCCAACAAUCUGAAAGCCAUGCAGCAAGAUAAACCAGCCGAGGAGGAAGCACAACCCAAGCCAGAAGAGCAACAAACGGCCGACAAACAGAGCGAAAUCGAGGCAAUUCCGGCUUUGCCACCUCCAGCCGAAUUCAGCAAUAUGGAAACCGAUAAAACCGAAGAAAAACCAGUUGAUGUUAAAGAAACACCAGCAGUCGAGGAACCUAAAAGCGAAACUAAACCAACAGCGGAAGAACCUAAACCCGAAGUCAGCCAGACUGAAGAGUCCCAAUCCUUCGAAAAGAAGAAAGCGAGGAAGAAGUCCGAUAAGAAAUAGUGCAUUGUGAAUUGAAUAAUUGAGCUUGAUGCUUUAGUAGAGAAAAUCCUUCCAGAACAGAGUUUCCAUCAAAGUUAGUGCCACGGCCGAGAUUUUUCUAUGAAGCAAGCUUUUUUAUCAAGUAACACCCGUUUUUUUUCGUUUCUUUUUUUUUUACUUCUAUUAACAAAAGAAGGCACUCUAAAAUACUUCACUGCAAGUUUCUUUAGAAAUAUUGUAUUUAUAGAUACCUUAAUUUAAGAUAUUUAUAUGUAUACUUACAUAAGUUUGUACUAUGAUUAUUGUAAAUAAUAUUUAUUAUUUACCUUUUUAUUUAAAUGAAGAAAAGUAUAAAAUAACGCAAUGAGUGAGAGAAUGCAAUUGAAGGAGAAACCAGUAUCUUUAAGUACGCGAAGAAUUGAUUUUUUCGGAAAAUUAAAUUUA